GUGAUUUGUGAAGUCCUCUUCUGUUCUGAAGGUACUAUAAUUUCUGUUUUCCAUCUGAAGCCAAGUCCCAACCUAUCUGCAAAGCAAGGGCGAGCAACUUUUUCUACACAGACCAAAGAGUUGGGUGGAAAGACUGAUAUUGUUGGACAGAUCAGAGAAAUUGUUCUUGUAGGAAAAGCACUGGCAGUACAAGCCUAUGAUUUUAGUAAUGGAUUCUACAGAUUCAUCUUGUUCGAUGUGUUCUGUUGCUCAGUGAAUGUGAUAUUACAAUUAGCUCAAACAGAGUUUUGUGUGACCAUGACAGGAACAGGUUUUGCAACUGUAACUCUGAAAGGGUAGAGCUUUGUGCUGUGUAAAAGAAUGCAAGUUUCCUGUGUGGGUCACCACAAUACUUUUUUCUCAUCUCUCAGUUGCCCUGUUUCAGUCUGAUGUUAGUGAUCACUUUGGCAUCCUGCAGAGUCACAUAUGGAGACCAGGACAGAUGCACCACCUGUUCUGCUAUUACAUUUCAGCCUCCUCCUGUGGAAUUAAGAAGGCUGAUUUAGGACAUCAUUCCAUGUAUUACCCUUCUGCUAAUAUGGUCUCUUGUUCGAAAUGAUUCCAAACUGCUGGGAGGAAAGCUCUAUUGACCUUCAGGGAAAUUCAGAUCCAGACCUGGACUUUGCAGUUAACUGGACUUCUAAAUUCCAAGUAAAGCUAAGUAAAAAAAAGCAACACUUAAAAGCAUGUGACGGGAAUAUUAAGGAGCACAUCUAUCUGAAUGUAAAACACAGCGCUUCUUCCAAGAAACUGAUGAUGGGAAGACAAAGAACAGAAAAGAAGAACAUCAAGAACAAAGAUUCUCCUGUUUCACGUACCACCUGCUGGAGUAUUGCAGUGAUUCUAGGGAUCCUCUUCUUGGCAUUGCUGGGAACAACAGUGGGUUUUAUUAUCAAGGGCCGUGCAUGUCCACGCUGCCCUGAGCAGUGGGUGGCCUGCAGAGAGAGCUGCUACUUCUUCUCCAAGCAGAAGAAGGACUGGAAUUCCAGCCAGGAAUCCUGCCGGGCACAGGGAGCUCAUCUCCUGGUGAUCAGCGAUACCAGCGAAAUGGACUUCUUCCAGGUGAUGCAAACUGAAUUGUACUGGAUUGGUUUGAAGAAUAGCACUGGUGGUGACUGGGCCUGGGAAGAUGGCUCAAAACUGAGUGGCAAAAAGGUCCUGUCUAACAGCCCUGUGCAGAAGUGCGCCGGUCUGCUGAAAGGUGCCAUCCAUGCUUCCAGCUGUGAAAUCCUUGCCCCAUGGGUCUGCGAGAAAUCUCUUCAGUGACCUCUGAGGACCUUGUGUUAGGAAGUGUCCUUUGGAAAGCUGUGCUAAUGCUUGAUCCCUCUGAAGUUGACUCAGGAAGCUUCUCUGAGAGAGUGCCUGGCUGUUCUCCUUGCUGCCGUGACACCUGCCAUAGUGCAAGGAAUGAAUGUAGCUGCAGCCAAAGCCCUGGCAUGAGCAGCCAGAGGUCUGAGUGCUGCUCCUGGCUCCAUUCAGGAUCACACUGGUGAGGUUCUUAUUCAUAGCCAUUGGCUCGUGACAGACAGUCUUCAAAGUGGUAGAGAAGGAGCAGGAGAGAUUUCUCUAAGUCUCUCUCAGUCAUUUUCAGAGAUACUUGAGCACUGUCACUGGAAUGCUGUCCUGGCAUCAGAAAUCCUAAGGAGAGAUAGGAUUGUAAUCUGUGAGCUCGUGCAAACUCUGGGUUAAUUUAUCUCUCGUGUGAACAUUGGUGUCAUACACCAAGGCUGAAAACUAGCCCGAAGUUUGAAGCUGGCCUGCUUUUGCAAGUGGUUGAAUCAGAUGAUAUCCAGAGGUCCCUUCUAACCUAAAUUCUUCUGUGUUUUUUGUUUGUACCUGGAGAAAACUGGAGCAUGGCACCCAGUGUUACAUUGCUGUGUAACUAGCUGGGAAGGAGUAAACCUGCUACCCUGCUGAGAUGAAAAUAAAUAUGGUUGCUUCUAACAA